GGGGCGGGGCCACCAGCGGCCCGGAUCCCUCUGGCUCACAGCCCUCAAACAAUGCUCACUUAAAACUCAUGCUCGGCCCUUUACACAAACACUUUCGCAUACUUUAAGCUCCUGCGUACUGGGACUCCUGCAGCGGAGCAGUGGCCAGGGGCAUCAUGAAGUCUGGAGCCCGGCUGUCUGAGUUUCAAUUCUGAUGUCGCCAUCUACUAGCUGCAAAGUGUCCGUGAGUUGCUUAAUUUCUCUGAGCCUGUUUGCUCAUCUGUAAAAUGGGGAUAAAAGCACCUACCUCAUAGAGUAUUGUGAGAACUAAAUGAAGUAAUACGUAAAUGGCAUAGAACAAUGUCUGACACAUAGGAGCUCUAAGUGCUUCUCAUCAUUAUUACUAUUUCUAUUCUUAUUUUAGCUCCUACCUCACCUCCCUGUGCCCAUGCUGUCCCUCCAGGCCUGCAGUGCCCCACCCAAACUGGCUGGUUUCGGCUGGGGAGGCGCUUUGGAGCGGGUGCACGCCUCCACACCCAGGACUUCAUCUGCCCUCACUGGACUGGAGCAACUGAGGCCAGGCCAAGCGUAAGUGGAGCCAGGGCAAGGGCCGGAGAACCUUCAGGGGGCCUAAGGCAGCCCUUCCUUAGCAGGCAGCCUCCGCCCAUGCCUCUGCUGCUAUGACAUCACAGAAACCCUUGGUGACAUCACAAAUCCUACUCUUUCAUCCUGUGCUGAGCAUGGGUUGGGAAGACCAAGUGAGGGCUGAACACAGAUUAAUUUGGCCCCUUCCAUCCUCAAUUUCUGCCCACAUACCCCUACCAAUGCCCCCCAGGGACCCAAAUUUGGCAAUCAGCUUGGGUCACACCCCGUUGUCCAUUUCCCAGGAACCAGCAGCCGCUGCCAAGGCCACUGCAACAUCACAGGGGCCUUUGGUGAUGCUUCCUCAGAGGACUGGGCAGGCAGGGCUGUCAGCUGGGAGCCAGGAGGGGUGUCUUGGCCUGAAACCAAGAACCCAAAUGGAGUUGGUCACUAGUGCCCUCCCCUACCUCUCUCUCCCAUCCCCAUUCCCCCACCCAGUCCUGCUUAGCCCCUCCCUACCCCUGGUCUUUUCCUCUGGUCCUGCUGUGUAAAUGGGGAAGGAGGGGCCACCAGAGGCAAGGAAGGGAGGGACUAUUGGGAAUAUAAAUUCCAAAAAGGUCACUCAACUCUCAGAGCCAGAUCCCCGAAAAUCUGCUCUAUCAGCUGCUGCAUUUGCUACCAUUAUCAGGACCCUCACCAUGAAAGGCCUUCUGCUGCUCACCCUGUCUUCUCUGCUCUGCUGGGUCUCAGCGGACAUUCGCUGUCACUCCUGCUACAAGGUCCCUGUGCUGGGCUGUGUGGACCGGCAGUCCUGCCGCCUGGAACCAGGACAACAAUGCCUGACAACAAAUGUGUACCUUGGUAAGAUGUGGGUUUUCUCCAACCUUCGCUGUGGCACACCAGAAGAGCCCUGUCGGGAGGCCUUCAACCAAACCAGCCACAAGCUGGGCCUGACCUAUAACACCACCUGCUGCAACAAGGACAACUGCAAUAGCCUGGCCCCCCGGCCCACCCCGGCCCUGGCCCUUGUCCUGACCUCCUUGGCUGGGCUUGGCCUCUGGCUACUGCACUGAGACUCACUCCAUGGCUGCCCUUCCUCCCACCUGCCUCACCCUGAGCCUCUCUCCCUGUGUCUUCGUAUCCCCAGGCUUCCCACAAGUUUCUCCCUCGCUUCCUUUGCACUGAAAAGCAUUUCUCCAGACCCAUCACAUUUCUUUAAUUAGACAGUGGUCUCCCUCUCCAUCCUUCCACUCCACACCCUCCAGUCUGCUUUUCCCAAGUCCCUUCCCAUUUCCCCCCAGACCACUCCAGAUCCUCCACUGGCCCCUAGAAGGGCUCCCCAGUUUGCCUCCCACACUCUACUGUGCCCUAGUUGGGGAGGGAUUGGAAUCUGGGCCUGAAAUGGAGCUUCUGUCCUGUCCCUAAUGAAGGCUCCCAGAAGGGACCUGAUGACCUUACUGUAUGGGGCUGAUUCCCCAAACUCUGGCUCCCAUACGUACCCCAUCCCCAUGCCCACCUCUUUCCAUUUUGAGUAAUAAAUGUCUGUGUCUGAUUAAUUGUGUGUUUAUUGUCAGAGGCCCCCUCCCAGGAAGUAGCACGCUCAGCUCCUUCCCUCAUCCAAGAAUCCUUCAGGGAGUUUCCCUGGCAGGCAGAGCUGAGGCAAAUGGAGAAACAGGUUUUUCAGGCCUCCUGUAUCCUCCUCUCCAGUGUCUGGGGGUGGCACACAGGUCCCAGUGUUUGGAGAAACAAUCCUUAUCACAAAUUUAGGCCACACCUCUGAUGUACUGCCAAGAAGGCGGUGCAGCCUGGCUUGAGGGUUCCCCAGAAACGGUAGGCGAGUUGCAUGGGGAUAGGACCUGGGACCCUCUUUCCAGGCCUCAGUCCCUCAGGUUAGAGUCAGAGGCCUCCCCCAACCUGGUUACUAAGUGGACCACCAAACAACCCUCUUAUCACAGUGCUUACAUUUCCUUUCUCAAUUCAAAAUAGCCAUAUUGGGAGCCAAGUUACAAAUGGCAGAAAGGGGAACAAACCCAGACAACUAGGCUCAUUGGUCCUGGUGACCCCCUCUCAGCCCAGAGCCUGUUCCCCUCAGUGAUCCUCUCUGCUAAGGAAGAUUCUCCCUAGCAACAGGAUCCAGGAG